AUGCCCACAAGUGAGGACUGCCUUACCUUGAACAUCUGGUCGAAGCCAAGCAUUAAGUCUGCUAAGGCGAAGAAACCUGUCUAUGUUUUCUUUCAUGGAGGACGCUUCGCUGGUGGCUAUACCAACACGCCCUUUGCCAAUGGCCAAUACCUCGCAAACAACGAGGACAUAGUCGUCGUUUCGGUCAACUACCGCCUCAAUGUCUUCGGCUUUCCUGGUGCCCCUGAUGCAGACACCAACCUAGGAUUGCGGGACCAACGUCUCGCAGUGGAAUGGCUGCAGAAGAAUGUUGCAGCAUUUGGCGGAGACGCGAAGAAAAUCGUCAUCUCUGGCCAAUCUUCUGGCGGUGCAGCUGUGGACUGGUGGUCCUAUGCGUACAAGGAGAACCCUAUGGUCCACGGUCUCAUGUCCACAUCAGGUAACGUGUUCAGCUUCCCCAUGAACACACCAGAAAAGCAACGAUCCAACUGGUUCGACAUCGUCAAUCUAGUAGGUUGCGGUUCAUCAAACGAAACGCUGUCUUGCAUGCGCCGUCAACCCUGGGAAGUCCUCUCAAAAGCCGUAACAAAGAUCCCUCCCAGCCCAGGCGGCAGUCCGGUCCGUUCAACACCGCCAUUCUACCCCCUGGUCGACAACGAAACCAUCUUUUCCGACUACCUCUCCCGCUCAGCAGCCGGCGACUUCGCUAAACUGCCUUAUUUCCACGGCCACAACGACCACGAACAAGGCUACUACGUCAUCCCAGCUUUUGCACAAGGUCGAAACGUGACGGAGGCGUAG